AAUGAUGAAACUCGGCCGGGCAUGAAAAGUGGCAGUUAUGUGGAAAAUAUUCGGAAUGUCGUGUUACGGGUGAAGCAUCCAUCAAAAUUUGGUCAGAACGUGCAAGGUAUAUCGAAUGAGUCUGGAGAGUUAGUGGAUGUGCGAUGGGAAUCCGUUAUGAACCUACGCCCUACUGUGUUAGAACUGACAGAUUCAAGAAAUCCGUUGCCACAAUUGAUAGGAAUGCUCAAACAAAUCUCUGAAAAGUUCCUUUCAAGGUUGAAACUACUCUCCCUGGACACGACUGACAUUGAUGUUCACGAUUUGCUUUUCAUCUUGCAAAAACUUGAGCUAUUGGCUGCAUUCUCAUUUUCUGAUACUCGCUUCACGAAAAAAGGCUGGACUCUUUUAUCCUCUGAACUAUCACGGCUGAGUGUUCGUGCGGUGGACAUGAGUAACGAUAUACUUGAUGUUUUGGAGAAAUUGAAUGUGGAGCUAGUUAAACUCUCAGGUGCUCCCGGUAUCAAGGUCGAAACAAUCAAGAAAUGCAACGCGAUUUUUGUCACUGUACGAACUUUGGUUGCCCAAGAGCUUGAUUAUUCAUACGAUGGAGAUGCUCAAUUCCCACGUGUGAAAACUCUUAUCUGGGACUGGAGCAUCGUAGAUCCUGCUGUCAGUUUUGACAACGAGUCAAAGACGGUCAUCGCAUUACUUGCACAGUUGAUGAAGUUAGAAUCUAUGGCAAUCAUUGCAUACACACCUUGUCACGAUACAAAAUAUGCUUCCGGAGAAUUAGCUCGUUCUCUUCUCGAAGCUGGGCUGCCAUCCGUUCAACUGUUCCGAUUCGCCUCGAAAGGAUUGUCGCAGGGACAGGAUAAUUUCACAGUGAUAAUAGCUGGUAGCAACCAUCAGACAAGAGACAAAAUUCAUUCCAUAUAUGUUGAAGGCAGAACAUCAAAACGGUUCAAACUCAGAUUUCUCAUGCAACUUCUGGAUGACAUCACGCCACCUUUCUCUUCAGCUACGAUAGUUGAAUUUGGAGGAAUUGACAGAGACGACGUACGUAGUACGUAUGAAACACGAAAACCGCAAUGA